AUGAGGAGAGCUGUCCUGAAAGAAGCAGCCAAACGAUUCCCCUGGUUGGCCAAUGUCACUUUGUACGGGUGCUUAUUCGCCGGCGGUGAUCUGGUCCAUCAGCUAAUAGCUCAGAAGGAGCGCAUCGACUGGAAACACACUCGCAACGUGGCCAUUGUGGCUAUCAGUUUUCAAGGAAACUUCAAUUACUUUUGGCUGCGAGCCCUGGAGAAGCGUUUCCCUGGAAAGUCCGCCGGGAUGGUUUUCCGCAAACUUCUGCUGGACCAAAGCUUUGCGUCGCCUUUGGCCACCAGUGUCUUCUACACAGGGGUGAGCUUCUUGGAGGGUAAGGAGGAUGUAUUAGAAGACUGGAGAGAGAAGUUCUUCAACACCUGGAAGACUGGACUCAUGUACUGGCCAUUCAUGCAGUUUCUGAACUUUGUCCUGAUGCCACUGUACAUGCGGACAGCCUUCAUGGGCUGCUGCGCCUUCCUCUGGGCCACCUUCCUGUGCUUCUCCAGGCAAAGCGGUGAUGGCACUGCCGGAGUGGCUCUGGCCUUCGUCAUGGACCCCCGUAAGACCCUGGAGGAGAUGCGAGAGGCCCGACUGGCCCGAAAAAAGCAAAAGGCCCAGCGGACGAACUAAACUUAGGAUGAGGACGAGGAUGCUUUUGUCUUUAAAGCCUUUGGUUACAGGACAGA